CCUCUUUGACUUGGUAUUUUAUGAAGCCAAGACUAUGAGUGCUAAUGGAGCACCAUAUUCAUACUCCAACCAUACUCUCGAGAAAGUGGCGAAAGCCAAAGCGACGCUUGAAAGCUUCUACGCCAACCUCAUCACACAGCACCAAGAAAGAAAAAACAGGUUUGCACUUCCAAAACAACAUUAACAGUUCCUGUUCUAAUCUCCUCGUUUUUGGUGUUACCUUCGAGAAGAGAUAUGUUUUGGUUGCUCAGAUAUAGAAGUCAUUUUUACGAGAGACGUGUAGAAUGUUGCUCACUUGAAGGUUUAACCUUAAUUGCAUGCACGAUAUUUUCGUUACAGAUGGAAAGUUUUGGAGAUGAAUAUGCAACAACAAGGUUUAACGGAAGAAGAGGUUUGUACGUGCUUCCUCAGCUACUCUUUCAAAAUUUAUCCACUGAUACUUUUUUCAUACUUUUUUAAAGCUUACAAACUGCUUUAAACUUGAGGCUUUUUAAGCUUUUAUCCGAAGACAUCGUGAAUAUAAUAAUCAGACUCAAGAGCAUCAAUUCAAUGUUGUCUUUUAUACUUGAAAAUCGUUACCUUAAAAAAACCCUGUUUUCUGGCGAAUAAUUGCUUAAUUAAAUCCCGUUGACGGGACAGUACAUUUUCUUAAUCAACAAUGAAUUCAACCCCUUAAAAUCCAAGUAUUUAAUAUAAAAUGUCCUUAAAUGGUUUUCGAACUAAACAUGUUGAAAGCUUUAAGUGGUUUUCGAAUAUAAAAUUUUGCUAUAUUCCACUUAUCAUUGUAAAUUCAGAAUUUAAUGUUGUCAUGUGUUUACAUUUUUGUUACGUUAAUUCAGCCCCGUUACAAAUAUCUCCUAGUUUUAAAGACGAUUAAAGAUAUUGUAGCAUUCAUCUUGGAAUAACAUUUCAAGCGUAUAAAUAAUGUCCCACUAUUUUUCCAAUAGCAGAGAACUAUUCUCAACAUUUUACAUAACAACCUUUCUUGUCAAAGUUAUUUUCCAUAACAAUUAAAUGACACAGCAUGAAUGGUCUUAGCUGGUGGAAAAAUGAAGCAGUUUUCACUCUAAAAAAACAAGUUGUUUUGUGACUAAUUUGUCAGUUUGCCGUACAAACUCUUGAAAUGUAGACUUGUCACAACAAUAUUUUUUUGUUUCAGAUAAUUUAUGUUUAAAACUCCUAUGUUUCCCUACCACUUUUCUAAAAUAAUAUUAUUCAGACAAAUGUUAAUAAGCAUGCUGUAUUGUAAAACAAAAGAAGUUUGAAUUUUUUUUCUUGUUGUUACAUUGUCCCAACAUCAUGAUGCAAAUAAGUGAAUUUUGUAAGAAGAUUAAUGAGGAUCAUUUUCACUAAGUAGAUUUUACAUUUGUUGUCCCGUAAAAAAAUCAUUGUUUCUUUCUAAUUAAUUGAUCCCUAUUAAUAAAUAAGUUUAGGUUGAUGAAGCUCAUUCUGAAUAGAUCCCAAGUGUGACACUAAACCACAUAUGGAACAAAAAACAAUAGGAAGAAAGCUGAAGUUUUAUUUGAAGGUUUCUAACCCUCUUCUGAUAUUAUCAGACUGCAGAAGAAUCAGUACACAGCAAGGGUCCCUGGAACAGCUGAUGAUAAAUCUUUAAUUAAAAUAUCUCCUUACUUGCAAAAUGUUAGUGAUUGCACCUUCUUUGGUCUCAGAGCCUUAUAUUUUGAGCAGUUUCCUUCACUGUCAAUUUGAUGUUGUCAUAAAAUAUUUCUUGAAGUAUUGGCCAUGAUUUUUCUACUUCACCCUUUUAUAGCCCUAAUAUCAACAUGAAAUUCUCUGCACUGUUCUCUGCACAUUUUCUGAAUUUGGUACAGUUGUACAAAUCAUACAUUCUUGUCAAAAAUCAAGAACCCCUUUAUUCUUCUUACCAUCAUUUUCAAUGAAGCAAUGAUGUUAUCAGUAUUAUCUUCUCUCCAUAUCCCUAUUUUUCUCUCUAAAAUUGUCCAAUUCAAGACUCUGUUGUUCUUCUUGUUACUGACAUUGACUGACGUUUCGACAACAUGUGCAAUAGUCAUCUUCAGAGUCAAAGAAAAUGACUGUGACUCUGAAGAUUGACCACGUACCACACGGGUUGUCAAAAUGUCCGACAUUGUCAACAACAGUCCUAUUCAGGACUACGUUUUAUACCCAGAUGAUCAUGCUCAACCUACUUAAGAAAAUAAUGAAUCCUAGGUUGAAACCUUUCACAGAGAUAGGUACUGAUAACUGCUAGUGCCUUAAAAAUUUCAAAUACAGAAUGUCUCACUCCUCUGAAGAAAUAUGCUGCAUGGCCUCACAAGAUUUUCUUGCUGGGAAAGUAACUUUUUAAGCUUGCUUGUCCAAAGGAUAAGAAUCUACGCAAGUUGUCCUGUAACUAAAUCAUUAACUAACACAAGCAAGCAAUGGCUUAGGGCAAGCAAAAUGUGAGAGUUACUUGUCUAAAGAACAUAGGCUGGAAUUCCAGAUUUUUUCAAGCCAUGCUCUCUUUCUAGCCCUCCUCUCUUUUUCUCUCUCUUUCUUGUUCUGCCCAUGCUCUCGGAUUCUUUUAUCAUCAUUUUUUCAGGGGGUGGAUCAGGAAAGGCAGAAUAUGAAAUAAGGAAACACAAGAGCAAGAGAAAAACCUUUAAAACAAAAAGAACAGAGAAAAAACACCAUCUAAGUUCUAUUUUUGUUGUCUUAUGCAAUCGCACUCAGUACCCUAAAAUUGUCGUGUCUUUGCUUACUCUUAUUGAUCAUGGAAUAAACACAUGUAGAUACCUGUUAUUAACAGACAAAGAUGUAUUUUCUUGUUCAUAGAAAAAAGAGUCGAGAAGCCACCUUGCAAAGAAAGAAACAGAAUUUCUAAGACUUAGACGUUCCAGGAUUGGGAAGGAAGAUUUUGAUUCUUUGAAAGUUGUAGGAAGAGGAGCUUUUGGUGAGGUAAGUAAGUGGGCUGUAUGUACAAAAAAAUUCUGGGAAAAAAAUUAAAACACUUUAGUUCACAUUUAUAACGGAUAAAAGAAAUUUGCCAUUCACUCUUUCUCAUAACAAAAAAACCUUUAGCUUUUCUUUAAGGAGAGGCUGGGUUAUCCAUUAAUUUGGGACCAAAGUCCGCCAACACUCUUGAGACCCAAAUAUUUUUUAAAAGAUAUGUGGGUCCUAGGAUCCACGUUGAAAAUUGUAAGUAAUAAUUGUCAUCAGUAAUAAUUCAAACCAAAGUUUUUUACCCUCAUUUCAGUAUCUAUUUUGUGAGGUUUGUGUUGCAACUAAUAAAAUACAAGAGGGCACAAGACAUGUUGAUACAAUGAGAAGUUGUUUUGUCUUAGAGUAGAUAAUGUUUUAGAUGGCAAAUAAUGGCAGGAAAGCCUCAACAGCUGUGGGCCAAAGUUAUGAUGAUCACCAAAUAACCGUCAUGAUUAAGAUCACAAAUCAUUUGCUCCUUCUCUUUUCAGUGAGCCUGCUAGAUGUGAAUGCAGCAGCUAUAACUGUAACCCGUAGCAGCAUAAUGUUAUCUAUGGUGCGCUUCAGUUCAAAAAGGCCGGCUAUAUUAUAAUAGGGUUGUCAGCCACUGUGUAUUUAAUUUUGGGUCUUUGUUUUGAAUCCUUUUAUGUUGCCAAUUGCAACUUCGAGCACCAGGGAUACAGCUCUUGUUGCAAGGCUUUUCUGGAAUAGACUGAUUGAAUAUACAUUGUUUAAUAUUAAAUUUCAUUUUAGGUGCGUCUAGUUCAAAAACACGACACAGGCCAUGUCUAUGCUAUGAAGAUCCUGAGAAAAGCAGACAUGCUGGAAAAGGAGCAGGUGAAAUAACUGAAAAUAUUCAUUUAUUUAUUUAACAUCUUUUUGUCUGGUGCAUAUAUUCACGGCAUUACGGAAUCGCGCCUGUAGAUACGCGUCGCUAGUAAAUGCAAAUUUUUCUGUCAAUCAAAUUUGUCCUAUUAUUUGUAGGUUGAAAUUGGUAAAACAUUGUUAUUGUUUUGGAGACAAUAGAAGAACAAAAGAUAACAGAAAGAUCAAGUUAUGCGGUCUUAAAGCGUGUUGCGUGACUUAAAUCAAUUGGAGCAUUUCUCCUAGCUUUCCCGCAUUAAAACGUUGGAAUGAAAAGUCUGAAGCUUAGCUUUUAAAAUUUUGAUAGCCAAAAUAAAAGGGGUGCCCCAAAAGGGAAGCAUUUGGGAAUUCAAAAUCGAUAUUUUUGUCUCCAGCAAAAUGCGGCGGAUGAGCAGUAAUUUGCAUAUAAGCGUAAGUGAUGCGAAAUAGAUACAAAUUGCCGCGGUUGUAAACACAACGUUUCCUUGAAGUUUUUUUCCUUUUGAAAGCGUAAAUUUGCAUGAAAGAGCUCAGCUUGCACAAAAUAAUAUAAAAUGAAACGAAUCAAAUCGAAAAGUGGUAAAAAAAAGUCAGGAUAUUUCAAUUGGAUGGAAAGUAAGUGAUUGGGUAGGUGAUUUGCAUACUGAUAAAAAUAACUUCUAGCGCAGUUCAAAACCGUUCGGCUUCCUGAAUUGUUUUCCUGGAAUUCUAAACAUUCUGCUGGCCUAAAUCGUUAAAAUAUGUUAUGAAGUCAAAAUAUUUAUCAAGUUGAGCGUUUGCAUUUCAGUGCUCGAACUUAACGGUCGUCCACUCGUCAAAAACGAGUAAAAAAUUCCGAAAACGAGUAGUUUUCUUUCCCACUUGUCCCCUGGGCGAGUAGGGUUACCACUCUCUGAGGUUAUUAUUGUACCAAAAAGUGCUAAAAGCCUUGAAACAAACGUUUCAAAAACGAACAGGCAAAAAGCGCUAGUCAUUAAAGUCUACUAUGGUUGCGUUUAUUUGAUUGCAAUAAUUAUUUCAUGUAUUAACUUUCAGACACAAAUUCACGGCAUACAUCCAAAAAAAAUUGAAAAUGAUAAGAGUGAUUAGUAGUUUUGCUGAUGGACCAGUAAAUUUUCAUUCUACUGGUCCUGCGGAAGACCAGAUCCAAAAGUUAAUUUCGAGCACUGCAUUUCCUUAUAAAACAGACAGUAGCGCGAAAGCUUCGAUCUAUAGAUUUUCUUAAGUUAAAUUACCUUUGUAUCGUGGAAACAAUACCCUAACACUUGAGUCUUGAAUCAAAGGACGCGACAUGCGUCGGCUCCCUUUGUGAGUGCGCAAAUAGUCAUGGGACCCGCGAUUUUGCGGGCGACACGGAUCUACAGGCACCGUUCCGUAAUGGAUUCUUUGUUUUUGUUGGUUGGGAACCUAAGGGCUAGACUGGCACCCAACAACAGUACUUUUCUCUGUAAACUAUGCUAGAGGAAGCAAAUACAUGUAUUGCCUAGAAAUUUAUGUAAUAAUUAAGAAAGCUAGGCUUAAAAUUUCAAUAUGCAGGUUCUCACUCUGUCUUGGUUUUCAGAGUUCUUCUAGUAAUGUCAUAUAAGUUUUUGAAGUUGUUCUUUUUUUUGCAUUUUACUCCCUAGGGCCCCCAUGUUUUCACUUAAAUUUAUUACAUUUGUAGGUAAACUAGUUGAAACACUUGGGGGAAAUUAGUUGGUAUGUUCGUGUUUUUUUAAUUUUAUUUUUCUCUGCACAGGUUGCCCAUGCUCGUGCUGAGCGAGAUAUUCUAGCUGAAGCAGAAAAUCCGUGGGUGGUGAAGAUGUACUACUCCUUUCAGGAUGGGCACUAUCUUUAUUUAGUCAUGGAGUUUCUUCCUGGUGGUAAGUUAUAUUAGCUAGUUUACACUAUAUAAAACAACACUACAGAAUUAAACAAAAAAAUUGUUAUUCAGGGGAAUAAUAAUCAUGGUGGAAAAAGUGAAUAAUAAAACUGACAGAUUAUAAGACAGCAAAAAAUUGAAACUGAAUUUAAAUUACAGGUGAUCUUAUGACAAUGCUUAUGAAGAAGGACACAUUCACAGAAGACGAGACACGGUUUUACAUUGCUGAAUCAGUUCUUGCAAUUGACUCCAUCCACCAAGUUGGAUUUAUUCAUAGGUGGGAUAUUGAUUUGUAAUUUUAUAGGUAGCUUAAGCAAAGGUUUUUGCUUUUUUGAGGAACGCAUGUAAACUGGGAGUUAGCCCUUUCUGCCUUUAAUAUACCUUAAUGCUACCAAAUUCUUUGCUUUGCUAUGUUUCCUUACACUUAUAGAGACAAUCUGCCCAAAAAUGGGUCAAAACCAUUACCCAACAAUGAAAUUUUGUUCUUCCGUCCUUGGGUGACUAAUUGUACUGGUAAUGUUGCAUGUGUCGUGAGCCUAUGUUAUUCUAUGGAUUUAGUUUUAGAAAAGACUCUUUAUUUCUCUACAGGGAUAUCAAGCCAGAUAAUUUACUUCUGGAUAGUAAAGUAUGUGGUUAAGUUUUUUUGUUUUGUUUUGUUUUGUUGUUUUUUUAUGUGCUUUGGUGAAUAACAUAGAUUAAUAUUGAUUUGAAAUGAAUGAAUUAUUGAUAAAUACCUAAAACCAAAUUUAACCCAUAUUAUUUCAACCUACCUUCGGUCCCCAGCUGUCUUGUAACUUGUUGUUGUUGUUGUUGUCAUUGUUGUUGUUGUUUUGGCUUCUGAAGAACUUCCUCUUGGGUGAAGAUGAUGUAGUUGAUAGUCAUGCAUGAUUAAAGCCUUUACACAUGUACAGCUAAAAUUUGUUGGUCGUCUCUGUGACUGUGACAGGGAUUUGAUUUUGAGACCAGCACUCCUCUUAAUUAAUUUUCAUGUUAAUUAAGUUUGUUUUUGCUUGUUGGCCCUUCUCUAGGUCCUUUUUCAAACUCCAUUAUUAGAUAAGGGAUGUGUAAGAUGUGUCACUUGGACCUAUUACUGCUAUUAAAAUAAUCACUAUUUUUUACAUCAUAUGUGUUUAAUUCUCAAUGAUGUUGAAAAAUAAUAUUGUAAUAAUAAAAGUAAUAAUACAAAUGAUGAUGAUGAUGAUGAUGAUGAUGGUGAUAAUUAUAACAGUAAUAAUUAUUUUAAAUUUAUUAUAAAUAUUGAUUUCUAUUGUUCCUCUUUUUUAGGGUCACAUCAAAUUAGCAGAUUUCGGUCUUUGCACAGGCCUCAAGAAAGCACACAGAACAGAAUUUUACAGAGAAAUAUCACCUAGUGAUAUGAAGGAUUUCAGUAAGAAAAAUACAUUCUUGAGAGAAUUCCAGGCAGAAGUGACAUGGUGAUUGGCGCAGUCAGGGUUUCACACGACACUGCUUGACCAGGAAUCGUGCACUUCUGUAUUGUGGAAGUAAAUUUUAGUCAGAUACUUUAGUAAUAAUAUUGAGGAAACAGUAAAGAAAUAAAUAAUACAAAUGUAUUAAUGUUAGUUUGACUGUCUCUAUUAAGAGUAAUGAUGCACUUCCCUUAAUUAUGAGCCUUAAAAGACCUUUGAUACAGUUCUACUUUAUGGAAGUCAAUAAGUUAAAUCAGACACUAAUAAUAUGAGGAAACAGUAUACAGGAAGUAAUAAUACUGUAUGUUAAUUUGACUGUAUUUCUCUAUUCUUUCCCUCUCAGCAUCUGCUCAACCAUUAGAUACAAAAGGGAGAGCAGCAACGUGGAAAAAGAACAGACGACAGUUGGUAAGUUAAAAGAAGACUAGGGCUGACUCAUGCUGGUAAUUUAUAUCUGAAGUGUGUUUACCAUCAUUGGUUUGCAAAUUUUCAGAUUUAUUCAUGACCAUUCAUAGUGACUGUUGCUUUUCUUGUCUCACCGUAGGCCUACUCCACUGUGGGAACACCAGACUAUAUCGCUCCAGAAGUGUUUCACCAAACUGGCUAUAAUAAGAGCUGUGACUGGUGGUCACUGGGAGUUAUCAUGUAUGAAAUGCUUAUAGGUAGGCAACAGCAAGGCCAUGGAAUAUUCACUUACAGCCUACCUAUUAAUUGUGGAACUCUGUUAGGGUAAAAUUCUGACUUGCGACAUGGCCUUGAGUCAGAUAUGAAAUGGCAACAAUUAACAUAAGGUCUCCAUUAUCUGAGCAGUUUUCAGUGGAUGAUCUAAAGUAAUUCUCUAAUACAGUGGACCCUUCAGUAACCAACAUGCAAAGACAUAAGUGGACUAAGGAUUUAAUCCUGAGUGAACAUUAUUGGUGUAUGGACAUUGGUCUCGCAUGAGUGCAAGCUUUGGCAGGAUCUUUACUAUUUAGUAUUAUACCUAUUUGUCUUUGCUUUGCCAGAAAUAUAAUACACUUAUUACAUAUUAUUCUUUGACACUCAGCUGAGAGCUGUUCUGUGAAUGUGUGUUUUCUGAAUUCUUUAGUCCCAUAGUACUUAUAUAGUGUCUACAUCAAUAAGAAGUAUGAGAAGUGAUCACCUCUAAUUUUUUUUUUCUUUUCCAGGUUAUCCACCAUUUUGCUCAGAAAGUCCUCAAGGUGAUUUCACAGAGAACUUAUAGUAUUUUUUAGAGUGUUCGCCACUUUAAAGCCCCUGUAAUCCAAGAAAUAUUUGCUAUAAUUGGAUUUUAGUUAAAACAAUUACCUUUCCCUCAUGCCAUAUGUUUGUUUUGUUUUCCAGAAACAUACAAAAAAAUAAUGAACUGGAGAGAAACAUUAAUCUUUCCUCCUGAGAUGCCAAUUUCGGAUAUUGCAAGAGACCUAAUUCAGAGGUGAAGGAAAUAACUCAUUACAUACAAAUCCUUAGUAAUGGUAAUAGGACUGAGUGGAGUCCAAUCAGUCUGUAAUCUUACGGGUGAUUUAACAAAAUCAGAUGACCUUGUAGUGGGAGUCCAAUUUGUAUGGUCCAGACCGAAUUGGACGACACGAAGUUCUGUUACUAAUUAAUCAUAACUAUUACAAAAUUUGUGAGAUUUCAGGUUUUUUUAAAAAUUAAAACUCAGGAAAUUCCACGAGUUUUUGCCAGUGAAAAAACAAAAGCCUUUCAAGUGUUCAUACUGUCCAGUUACUAAUAGGCAUGAUGUGUACUGUCGUAUUAGUACUGAAAUCAGGACAGUUACAGUCAAACCAGGUCAAGCGUACCCCCCAAGAACCCAUUAACGAAUUUAUUAUUCAAAAGUUGAAUCCGUUGCUAGUUGUAGAUUUCAGAUUGAUCUCUGCAUUCUUGUAUGCGUAAUGAGCCGUGAAUUCACACGCGAGGCAGUUAUGAAAUUUCUACCAGCUCCAUUUUCCUGAAAUUGAUGUAAAUGUCUUCUAAGAAGCUUAAUCCAUUCAAAGAUUUACAAUCUGACCAAAUACAGAGAAGUUCUCGUAAAAUAUUCACUGCUCAUUACGCAUGCAGAAAUGCUGCUUUGAAUUUGACACCAGUUACGGGAACGACUAACGGAUUCAUUUUUCAAAUAAUCAAUUCACUGAUAGAAUCUUGGGGGGUACGCUUGACUUGGUUUGACUGUAAUAGCUAAUCAGUUUUGAGAAUUUUGUUAUAGUUAUGAUUAAUUGAUUGAUCAUAACUAUAACAAAAUCCUCAAAUCUGAUUGGCUAUCAACUGUCCUGAUUUCAGCACUAAUAGGUCAGUGUAAUACUGGACAGUAUGCGGCACUGCAAGCGCGCCCUUGAAUAGUUUUUUUUUUUUUCUACUGCUAGCAAAAAAACUCUUGGAAUUUCUUGUGUUUUAAGUUUAAAGAAAGUCUAAAAUAUUACAAUUUUUGUUGUAGUUAUGAUUAAUAUUAAUUUUGUAACAGAACUUUGUGUCAUCCAAUUCGGUCUGUAAAAAUCAUACUCGUGAUUAAACAAAUCAGACUCCCGCUAUGCAGUCUAUUUUGAUAAUCACUUGUAUGAUUACGGACCGAAUUGGACUCCACUCAAUCCUAUUACCAUUAUUAAUAUUCAUGAAUGUCAAUACACCAUUCAUUACUAUUAAUAAUUAUUAUGAAUCAAAUUUUUCAUCUCAGUCAAAUAUGUUUUAAGUUUUCACAGUCUUAAUAAAUACUAUAAAUUAAUUAUGUGAGUACCUAUUCAUUUCCAGUCAUUGGAGAAAUUAAAGGCUUGUGUCUUAGUCAAUUAAGCAACAGGGUGUGCUAUAUGUGAUAGAGGUGCUGCCUUUAUUAGCUGUCCCAACAUUUAAAGACAUUUAGUUCUUUAAACCAUGAUUAGGACCUUUGUUUUGACUUCAUUGGUACCUUGAAAUAACAUUGGUGAUCGUUUUCAAAUAAUUUCAUCUUUUAGAUGGUGCUGUGAUGCAGAUAAAAGACUUAAUAGCAUUGAUGAAAUCAAGGCUCAUCCAUUCUUCAAUGGUGUGGAUUGGCAAAACAUAAGGUAUAAAAGAUCAGUAUUUUUAUUUUCUUUCUCUAUUCCAAAUUCAUUUUCAUAGAGUUAUGUCAAUGUUUUACUCCCAUUUUCUUUUUGUCCAACAACGAUGUUUCCUUUCAAUGAAUAGUUAGGACCAUCAGCAGAUACUGAAAACCUUGUGUAGCCCAUAGUCUCAAUCUUGUAGGCUGUCUGUCGAGUGGAUAGUUUUGACGAUUUGACACUCCUAGAGCUCUUAGUGAUCAACAGUGGUUGAUUGAUUUAUUUUUUUUUACAAAUACUAGAAAAUAAAUUAUAAUACCAUGCACAAGUUGAAUUCACAAUUAAUAUCCAGCCAGCAGCUAGAUCCUGAAUUCAAGUCCCACUCUGACCUGAGUAAUUGUCUGUCUUUUCAACUCCUUGGUUGGUCGGGUUUCAAUGAACACCAACGACCGACGAAACAUGUCUGUUGCUUUGCUCAAAGAACUUGGCUACUUUUUCCCCGAAAGAAGAAGUAGCUAGUAUUAAUAUCUCAACAAUGUUGUAAAAAGUAUAUCAUAAAAUCUGAAUAAAAACAUUAAAGCCCAGUGAUUAUUUGUUAUUCUUUAGUUAUGCAAAUGCUGUGUUUCAGUCUGACUCAAUUUUUCACACGUUUCUUUAUAGGUUUAAGCAGAAUUUGUUCACAUGCAAAUGUACAUGAUUUUGAUUACCGUCAUUUGUUUGGCAUCACUCACAAGAGUUGAUUGUGUGGCUGAUAAAUCAAAACUAAUGAAUGAAAGCUACAUUUUUUCUAUGAAAGAGCCUCUUGUUUGUACUCUUUUUUGUCCUCAGAACACUGGAGAACGCAUUUUAGGGCUUUGAAAGUUCAAAUUUUUUUUGAGGGAGCGUGCCCCCAGACCCCACUAGAAGAAGGGGACUAACAGUCCCUUGUUGAUACAGUCAUUUUCUCUAUUCAAAUCUGGUGGUUACUUCAAUUAAUAUUGAAACCCCGGGUUGGUCAGGCUUGGAAAUGGCCAAGUGGUUUGUCUCCUGCUAGCUGGGAUUCUUUUGAUUGUUAUUGUUUUAUUAAAAUUAGCUGCCCAAUGGUGUCUUAAUUCCAGCUGGGUAACGAGAAAUAUCAAAUCUAUGCAAUCUUCAGUUGCUAAUUAUAAACAGAUCAUACCUACACUGUCUUUUUCUUCAUUUUUAGGGAAAGACCUGCUGCCAUUCCAAUUCAUGUCAAAUCCAUUGAUGACACUUCAAAUUUUGAUGACUUUCCAGAAUCAGAAUUUGAAUCGAGUAAGUUCUAAUAGAAAAUAACAUAUUAUAGAUAAGACUGGACCUUGGCCAACAGCAAGUUCCAACAAGGCAUUGCAUUCUGACUGCUGUUCCUCUAUACUGAGGGUACUUGUGGUCAUGUGCACAGGAACACCACUGAUGCAAGGGUAUGAUUAAGGACUGGGUUGAGUUGAGAGCGGUGGGGGUGGUUUUGGUUGAGAAUGGUAGGGGAAGGUACUGCAAAAAAGGCAUUCCUCAUGCAGAGGUUGACAUCUGUGUUGUUUUGCUUGAUGUAGAGAGGAAAGUUGUUUACGUCGCUUUGCCUUGCUAGCAAAAUUCCUGGAUCUCAAUAAACCGUGGUCCUGCAAAUAUGGUAGAAAAAAAUGAAAAAAUUGACAUGUAUGACAUUCCUGUGCCUGAUUGCACUCAGAAACAAAACAGUAGCCCAUCGUAGCCGAUACAGUCUGUACCUUUCUUGCAUCAUUUGACGAUGUAAAUGCUGUCUCUGUCAAGAAAGAUUGUUGUGAUCCAGAAAUCUUGCUACCAUGUUAUACCUGACAUCACAUUUCUCCUCUCUAUUAUUGUACACACAUCACAAGAAGUAUUGUAACUUGUAACAAGGAAAUAAUUUUUAUGUCCAGUAGACCUUUUUACCAAUACGGCGGCCAUAUUGAGUUUAUUCGAUUUAAGGAGUAUCAUGGGAUUGCCAGGGGGCACUCGCUCAGUAUUUACGCAGGCUUUUUGGGCAAAAUGAGAACUUCAAUGAUUGUUUAUCGGCAAAAAGGUGAUCUUUAUUACAUCCAAACACAGCACAACGAUAUUUUUUUCCCAUUUUACAAUCUUUUUCUAGGAAAACUUAAAGGAAAAUUGGCCCGAAAAGCGCAUAAAUACUGAUGCGAGUAUAUUGGAUCAUGCUCAUGCCCCCUGGGCAUCCCAUAAUACUCCUUAAAUCCAAGUAAUUCAAUAUGGCCGCCUUAUUGGUAAAAAGGUCUAUUACUUAGCAACUUAACAUUUUCUUUUUUGUUUUCUUUUAGAUUGGUUUAGGGACCCAAAAUCUGACACAGCUGGAGGAAAAGAUUGGGUUUUUCUGAAUUACACAUUUAAACGUUUUGAAGGACUCACACAACGAGGGGUUAAAGUUCCACUCCUUUAAACCAGUCAAUUCAAAGAAAUAUUUUCCUAUCAUUUUUACGUGUUAGCUGCAAGCAGACCCUUCAUCUUCCUCAUUUUUGAGUAGGAGAGUGAAGGAAAGGUGUGUAAAUAUUGUUCAACUCUGAUUUUUUUGUCAGACAACAAACCUGCUCUUAUAAAAAAGGAAAUUUAUGUUGUAAGAGAUGAACUUUGUACUAAGAAAUUGAAGAUGUUAUUAUACAUGAUACCUUGUUACACAAAAUUUUGGUGACAUGCUAACAUGGCAAUUUUUAGAAUUCCAAUGUAACAGUUUAGCAGCACUUCAAGCUAUUUUUCAACACAGUUCCAUUAACAUUUGUAACUUCACAAACUUAAAAACGCUUUAAUACACAAAAUAACUUCUCUGUGGUGAGUUACAAAUGUGUUAACCAUGCUGCAUUUAGCCCUAUAUGUGCUAUGAACCAUUAGACUAAAAUUUAACAAUUAAUUCUUCAUAAACAGAAAUGAAAAAAUUUAGUGUUAGUCUUGACAGAAUUCACGUCAAGCUUGAUAGCUGUACAGUAUAGAUGUAAUGUUGAACAGUUCGAUUACACAUGGACAGAAUGAUUUACUUUGAAGUUUUUUAUGGGCUCCACAGGAACCUAUACAGUAAUAAUUAUUUGAAUAGAGUACAUUAUUGGGUUAGUAUGUUAGAAUAAUUAAUAUAAUACUAAGCGAUGAGUAUUAAUUUUUUUCGAAAAAUCACUGAAUUUGCUGUCUAUGCCGGUGUUGCCAAAAUUGUGUGUAAUGAGGCAGUUUAAAGGCCAAAUACCCAAGUUAGCUUUUCCGUUUUGAGAAGUUAACACAUGUAUGCACUUGAGGAUUCAAAGUUUUUCAUAAAUAUAUCCCAGGGUUUUGUCAUCAUGGGGUAUUUUUGUCUUGUGAGGUGUACUCAAAAAUUAUGUCAUUCAUUAAGUUUAGGGGGAUACAGUGUAACUGUGACAGGGUGAUUUUAGCAUUAAUUUUUCUAUCUGAAGUCAUUGAAUAAUGGUUGUGUAUUUUGUAAUUAUUUAAAUAAGUACAGUAAAUAUUGUUACUGUUAAGUCUGCUGGUAAAUCUGUUUUAAUAAGUUUUGCAAACAGGCUCAAGAUUUGUAAUGUUCAUAUUGGAUCAAAGAAACUAAGACUGACUGUAAAGUAGAAGUAAGAUUUAAUAUUUCCUGAAGUAAACACAAGUCAUACUGUAUUUCCAUUAUAAUAUGUUUGAAAAUGACACAUUCAGCUAAGGUUAAGACAGAGAACUUUACACAUAAACUAAAUGCAAAAAAAGUGUCAUAGAUUAUUUUACACCAAAGAACAGGGAUUUAUACUGAAAAAGAAUUUUCACAUUACUGUUGGGUAAGAUUUUCUGUGUAUUGUUUGUAACAACUUAAUAAUCAAUAGCUGUAGCUGCUGCAUUAUUGAAAAUUAUCUUUGUAUUAUUGUAGUCCGAAUAAUUCAUAGUUUUGCAUUCAUACUGGGACUGGCACACAGGGAUUACAGUGACAAGGAGAGUAGUGCAACUCCUAUGUAGCAUUCUUUGUGUCAAGGGGAGUUUUCAAAAAACACAACGAAUUGCUGCAUGGGAGGUAGAAGGGGAGCUGCAAAGAAUGUUUUCAGUUUUGAGAUUUACGAUCCAAUGAUUUAACUUUAUUAGGGGUGACCUUACUUAACACACCUCAACGCAAUUAUGCAAAAUACACCCUUUCCUAGAUGGGUGUUCAUCAUGCUUUAUUCAUCCAGUUGUACAUAAUGGGAAAUACGUUACAUUAUUUUUUACAUAUAGAAUUACAGGUACCACAAUCAUUUUGUAAAUAGACAACAACAUUACUAAGCAACAUUCAUCUAUUUCAGUAGUCUGAAUUGUCAGCCGUCUCCACCCCUCCCCCAUGCCCCCCACAGGAUAGGGGGUGGAGACGGCUGACAUUUCAGACUAUCAUUUCAGCAGCUCUGUAGAUCCUAAUCACAGACACAGUACAUUUCUGUGAAAUGCUAUUACCGGUAACCCUUGAUUGAACCUAGCAAACCCUAGAAGACUACGCACUUUCACAGCUUUUAUUCCCUUAAAACUCUGUUUUUAACUCACAUGUUCUCUACACAAUCAUCCUCCAUACAGUUUUAAUGGUGUCAUACUGAGGAAAAUUUGUUUGUACAAGGAAUGUAAGACAUUCGUAACUUAAUCUGCUUUAACUCAUGAGCUUUGCAGCUGAUUUAUUAGUGAUAUUGCUGGAAGGAAAAAUAGAUGCUGGUCAUUGUUAAGGGUUUACAGGAUUAGCAAAGGACUCUUGGCAAAUUAAUGGGGUAGGGGUGAAACAUUUUGAAAUAAUGAGUGAUAGAGAUCGCCAUUAAAUGCCUUUGAUUCUACAUUGUUAGUUGAUCAAGAAGUGCUAAUUGACAAUACAGUUUGUGAAAUUGACAUUACUUUUUGUGCUGAAUUCAUGAGAGAGUAGGGCAGACUACAGUUACCUCUUGAAUAGCAGUAGAGUUUCAUUAAAAUAAACCCUGCUCUUUAAUGCAAGUUGAUCAUCACCAG